AAAAAAAAGGGAAAAAAAGCUUAAUACUUCGUUAUGGCCGCCUGAGAAACUCUCCUUCCACUUUCUUCAUCAUCUCCCUCUCUCUCUUUCUCUCUAUCUCUCUCUACAACACACACCGAGAUGGAUGCAGGGGGAGACGUAUGAUCUUGGAUGCGUACAUGGAUGUGGCGUCCAUAAGUUAAAGCGAAUUUACAGUAUUAUUAACAAAAGGGACUUCCACUUCCACUUCCAUUCAUGGAGAAAGGGAAUGGAACUCAUGAAGAGGCAAGUAGCCCAGAAUCAAGUUUUCAGAGCACUCAAAGGCUUAUCUCCUCCUUCUGAAGAUAAAAGCAGAACUUACAAUCCAGAAGUAUUAACUAGCCAAAAACGUCAAUGGGCAAGCUUUCAGUUGGAUGCCCUGCAUCAAAGGAUAUUGAAAGAACCUUCUAGGCUAUUUGAGAGCAUGGUAGUGGUUGGAUUGCAUCCAAAUUGUGACAUUCAGGCACUUCAGAGGCAAUAUUUUGGUAGAAGAUCUGAAGGUCCAGGGAGGCAUCAGUUUCGUGUAGAACCAAAUCUUGAGCCUCAGGUUCUUUUUGUCUACCCUCCAGAUAAACAGCUUCCAUUAAGGUCUAAAGAUCUCCUUUCAUUCUGCUUUCCUGGUGGAUUGGAGGUUCACACUGUUGAGAGAACACCAUCAAUGAGUGAACUGAAUGAAAUACUUCUUGGACAGGAACACCUUAAACAAAACGAUCUAUCCUUUGUAUUCAGGUUACAGGGUGCAGAUGAUUCAACACUUUAUGGUUGCUGUGUUUUAGUUGAUGAAUUAGUCCAACAACCUUCUAGAUUAAUUUCAAUCAUGGGAGAUGGACAUUUUACUACCCCUCCUCUUAGUCGCCAUGUUUUAACCACUAGAAGGUGUUACUGUAUUCUUACAAGGCUUCCAUUUUUUGAACUCCAUUUUGGUGUGUUAAACAGCAUAUUCACUGAAGAAAGAUUGGACAGAUUAACAAAAAGUAUUGGGGAGUUGGAUUUGGAUUUGGAUUCAUCUGUUGAGAAUGAUGGAGAAGUGUAUUUAGAAGCUGAAAAUGGUGUUAAACAUGGUCAAGAACUAGUGCUUAAUGGAAGUAUGGAAGCUUGUGAUAAUAAUCAUAGUCAUGUUGAUGAUAAACAACUUACUCAAAAACAAAUCCCAAAUGCAAUUUUGCCUUUUCUUCGUUUUCAACAAUAUGAUAGCUCUGAUUCUUCCUCAAGUUUUCAGGGGUCUCCAAGUGAAGAUAGAAACUUUAGGAGUGAUCUUGAUUCACCAGAGAUAGAAGAAGCAUCUUUUUCAGGUCAAGAAGAUAACGAGCACAAGGAAAUUCUCGAUUGGGCCAAGAAUAAUAAUCAUGGAUCAUUACAAAUUAUAUGUGAAUACAAUCGUUUAUGUGUCCCCACAAGAGGCUCAACAACAAAAUUUCAUCCCCUUGAACACCUGCAUCCUCUGGAAUUUCACAGACCUGAUGAAACAGUUUUACAUAUGGCUGGUUCUACUGUUGAUUUGAUGUCAUGUAGCACAACUUUUGAACUUUCAGAGGCUCACAGGGCACUUUCAGUGGAGGAAGAAGCAACUGCUUUAUCAGUAUGGGCAAUUUCAUGCAUAUGUGGCUCAAUGCGUCUUGAACAUGUGUUGACAAUAUUCACAGGUGCUCUGUUGGAGAAGCAAAUGGUGUUUGUGUGUUCUAAUCUGGGAAUAUUAUCUGCUUCAGUGUUAUCGAUUAUCCCUUUAAUUCGUCCCUACCAGUGGCAGAGCUUCUUUAUGCCGGUCUUGCCAAAUGACAUGCUGGAUUUUUUGGAUGCACCUGUUCCUUUUGUAGUUGGUGUGAAGAGCAGAACAGCUGAAGUACAAUCAAAAUCAGGAAAUGUUAUUCUUGUUGAUGCAAAUAAAAACCAGGUGAAAUCAUCUUAUAUGCCACAUUUCCCACAAUACAAAGAGUUAUAUGCAGCCUUAACUCCAUAUCAUGCUCAACUUGUUGGAGAAAGUUAUUUGGGGAGAAGGAGACCUGUUUAUGACUACACUGAUGUGCAGGUGGAAGCUGCAAAGGGAUUCCUGAGAGUAUUAAGAUCUUACUUGGAUUCACUUUGCUCCAACUUACGUUCACACACAAUUACAAAUGUUCAAUCAAACGAUGAUAAGGUAUCAUUGCUUCUAAAGGAGAGUUUCAUUGAAUCAUUUCCUAGUCGCGAUCGACCUUUUAUGAAGCUUUUUGUGGACACACAAAUGUUCUCUGUACAUACAGACUUGGUAUUGUCUCUUUUCCAAAAGGAUUAGAAGUGGAAGGAAGGAAGGUUGACCUUGUAAUGUAUAGUUUAUAUAACUUUAUAAUCGCAAUUGAGCGCAAAUUCUAUAAGUUAUUAGAGUUUAAGUGUUUUUAUAUUAUUAUAUAGUUAUAAUUAUAAUUAUAAUUAUAAUUGGUUUCACAUUUUGUAUCAAUUCACAUGGCUAUCUACAUGAAAAGCCAAUA